AUGAGGGUGGCAUUGACGCAUGCCUUGCUGCAGUUCCGCCUGCUGCAAUUUUGGUGGUUGUUCUGUAACAUUUGGGAUUCCCAGGCUUACAACUCCUUAAGGCAGAAGGCUCUUGAUCUUAUGAGAGAAGCCCCUUUAAUUGAUGGGCACAACGAUCUGCCUGUGAAGUUGAGGUGGUUUUAUGAAAACAAGCUGAGUAAGAUUGACUUAAGGACCCUCAACACCACACAGACAAAUAUUCAGAAGCUCCAGGCUGGCCAUGUCGGUGCACAGUUUUGGUCUGUAUACAUUCCCUGCGAUGCUCAGGACAAAAACGCGGUGCAUCUGGCAUUGGAACAGAUCGAUGUCAUCAAACGCAUGUGUGAAAAUUAUGAAGAACUGGAACUGGUCACUUCAGCUCAGGGUGAAAAAGAAUUGAACAAGAUUGCAUGCUUGAUCGGUCUUGAAGGCGGGCACUCCAUCGACAGCAGCCUUGCGGCUCUGAGGAUAUUUUAUGAGCUGGGGGUUCGCUACAUGAUGCUGACUCACGACUGCAACACCCCUUGGGCACAGUCCUCAUUACGUCAGACAAGCAGCCUUUAUGCCGACACGUACACCUUGACUGGCUUCGGUGAAGAAGUGGUGAAGGAGAUGAAUCGGCUGGGGAUGAUAAUAGACUUAUCUCACACAUCUGAUGCCACUGCCUUGGCUGUUCUCCGCCUCUCCAAAGCGCCCGUCAUUUUCAGCCAUUCAUCAGCCUUUUCUCUUUGCAACCACACCGGGAAUAUUCCUGACCAUAUUUUGUACCGACUGAAGAGAAACAAUGGAAUCGUUAUGGUGACCUUCUAUGCUGAGGUCCUCACCUGUGGCAAAGAUGCAGUCAAUAUUUUGACGGUGGCAGACCAUUUUGACCACAUCAGGACAUUGAUAGGUUCAGAACAUAUAGGGAUCAGCGGAGACUACGACGGAGGACUUAGACACCCUGAGGGACUGGAAGAUGUUUCCAAAUAUCCAGCUUUAAUCGAGGAGUUGCUGAGGAGAGGCUGGAGUGAGGAAGAACUGAAGGAUGUUUUGAGAGAGAAUUUCCUUCGUGUUUUCCGGGAAGUGGAAAAAGUACGGGAUGAGAAUGUUUUCAUGAUACCAAAUGAAGAGGAAAUUUCCCAGGAUGACGUAGACAUUUCCUGUCACCAAGAUCUGAAACCUCCUUCUGGAGUGGCCAUUUUGAAUUGA